CAAGUGUGGUGGCCGCCGGCGGGGCUGGCGAGGGAGCGGGCGUGCGCGGGGCUCGCCUUUGCCGGGCGGCCCGCCCCUUCCUGGUCGGGGACGCCCGGCUGCCCGGGACCUGAGCGAUGGAGCCUGGGAAGAAAAGAACUAAAGAUGACACUUGGAAAGCAGAUGACCUGAGGAGACAGCUUUGGGCUGUGCAAUCAGGCCAUCCCAGGGAAGAUAAGAAGCUCAGAGAAAAGAAACUGCACAAGGAGUCAGAAGUGGCCUCCCUCGAAUACAGAGAGCACAGGAGCAAGGACCCAGACAGAGAUGUCCGCCGCAGAGAGAGGGUGGCAGAGAGAGACCCUCAAACCUCCAUGGAGAACCCUCAUGGGGAGAGAGACCAUGAGAAACACAGAGAAAGGAGGAAAGAUGUCAAAUACCGGGAAAAGGACAAAUUGAAGGAAAGGCAUCGGGAACAAGAUCCAGAGAAGUCUCACAGUCGAGGCAAAGACAAAGAGAAAGAAAAAGAGAAAGACAGAAAGGUCAGGAAAGAAGAGCUUAAACAGACCACUGCCUACCACAACCUUCUGGUCCGGGAGGGGCGUGGCCGGCAGUUAUUGGAGAGAGCGGAGAAGAAGGUUCGCGCAGCAAGUAAAGCACGAACUGAAGAGAAAGAAAGGAGGGAUGAGGAUUCUGAAAGAGGAGAUGAAGAAAGAGAACGAAGAUACCGAGAAAGAAAGCUGCAAUAUGGAGACAACAAGGAGAAUCCUCUCAGCUACUGGCUUUAUAAAGAAGAUGAAAGAAAACACAGGAAACCAAGAGAAACAGAUCAAGAAAAGAGAUACCAAGAAAAAAGCAGCACAAGAGAGAAAAGAGAAAAACAUUCUAAAGAAAAGGGGAACUCUUUUUCUGACAAGGAAGGGGAAGAGAGACACAGAAUAAAGCGGCAUAAAGAAGGCUUCCACCUUGAAGAGGGGCGCCGAAGUCACAGGGAUAAGAAAGAGAGAUCAUCAAAAGAAGAGCAUAAGAAAAGGGAACAGAAGGAAAUUGAAAAGGAAGACACUGAUCUAGAGACUGCUGGAGCUGAUGACUAUUCAGCCAGUUUUGAAGAUGAUUUUGAAGACUAUGAAGAUGACUUUGAGGUUUGUGAUGGAGAUGAUGAUAGCAACAAUGAGCCUGAUUCACAAGGGAAAACUGAAGAACUUCCUUUGGCCCAAAAAAGGGAAAUACAAGAAAUUCAAAAAGCCAUCAAUGCAGAAAACGAACGGGUUGGCGAGUUAUCUUCAAAAAUGUUUCAGAAGCAAGGUCGAAUGGAGUAUGAACAGGAACCCCAGGCAGAUGCAAAUACCUCCCCUUCUAGAACCCCUGUGUGUGGAAUUUUUGUGGAUUUUGCAACAGCCUCACAUCGUCAAAAGAGCCGGAGUCAGGCCAUAAAGCAAAAGACACGAAGUACAAAACUACUGCGGCUUAUUGACUUAGACUUUUCAUUCACCUUUUCCGUCUUGGAUCUACCACCUGUAAAUGAAUAUGAUAUGUAUAUCAGAAACUUUGGGAAAAAAAAUACGAAGCAGGCAUAUGUUCAAUAUAAUGAAGAUAGUGUUGACAGAGACAUUCAGACUGAAGAUAUAGAAACUAGGGAAGUAUGGACCCAGCAUCCAGGAGAAAGCGCCAUUGUGUCUGGAGGAAAUGAAGAAAGAGACUUCUCUGAUGCCACAGUUGUGCCAAGGAUUGACACUCCACGCUUAUCCAGCUUUCUUCGGGCAGCAUGUCAGGUGAUUGCUGUUUUGCUUGAAGAAGACCGGUUGGCAGCUGGACCCAGCUGGAACCCUCAUUGUCAGGACAGCACUCUGAGUAUCAGCGACAGCUCCUCCCAGCUCAACACAAGCCUGCCAUUCCUUCAGAAUCGGAAGGUAUCCUGCUUGCAUGCCUCUCGAGUGCAGAGGCACACAGUGGUCUCUGUUCACGAUUUACCGGAAAAAAGAUUCUCCCAGUCACUGGACAGCAGGCAUCUCCUUUGUGUUUGGGAUAUUUGGCAGCCUUCAGGGCCCCAGAAGGUUCUGAUAUGUGAGUCCAAGGUUACAUGUUGCUGUUUUAGUCCUUUCAAGGCAUUUUUGCUGUUUGCGGGAACAGUGCAUGGCUCAGUGGUCGUAUGGGACUUAAGAGAAGACUCCAGGAUACAUCAGUAUGUGAGGCUGAGUGACUGCUUCUGGACAUUCAGGACUCCGACGUUUUCCACUGAUGGAAUCCUCACCUCAGUGAACCAUCGAAGUCCUCUUCAAGCCAUAGAAUCUGUCUCAACAUCUGUCUACAAAAAGCAGAGCUUUGUGCUUUCUCCCUUUUCUACUGAAGAAGAAAUGGCAGGCUUGUCAUUCCACAUCGCUUCCUUGGAUAAUGGCGGGGUUCUCAACGUGUGGGUGGUUGUUGAAUUACCAAAGGCAGAUAUCUCAGGUUCCAUGAGUGACUUAGGUCUCCUACCUGGUGGGAGAAUCAAGCUGGUACACAGUGCUGUAAUCCGGCUGGAUGACAGUCUUUCUCAUAAAGGGACUGAAUUCUGGGGGUCCCCACAAACGCUGAGUGUCAAAUUUCUGCCUUCAGAUCCUAAUCACUUUGUUGUUGGCACGGAUAUAGGUCUCAUAAGCCAUGGCACCAGACAAGAUUGGAAAGUAUCUCCCAAGUUGUUCAAACCUCAGCAACAUGGUAUAAGACCAGUAAAAGUUAAUGUGAUUGAUUUUUCACCAUUUGGAGAACCAAUAUUCUUGGCUGGCUGCUCGGAUGGAAGCAUCAGACUGCACCAGCUGACCUGCGAGAGGCCUCUGGUGCAGUGGGACAGCAGCACGAACGGCCGAGCUGUCAUCAGCCUGCAGUGGUCUCCGACAAGGCCAGCCUUGUUCCUGGUUCAGGAUGAGUCAUCCAGCAUUUAUAUCUGGGACCUCCUUGAGAACGACCUGGCUCCUGUGGCCAAGCAGCCUAUCUGUCCAGACAGACUGGUGGCCAUGACUGUCAUGGGGGAUCCUGAGAAGGCCAGUGGCAGCUUUGUGGCUUUGGUACUGGCCAAGGCCUCUGGCACUGUUGAUGUCCAGUAUUUGAAAAGGCAGUGGAUUACCCCAGAGGCCGAUGAGCACAAGAAACUGCUUCUGUUUCUGCAAGAAUCCCCGUGGAGAGAAUGGGGGGCUGCAGGAAUGAAGAGUAACUUUUGGGGGAGGGAUGGCAGUUACAUAACACGCCACUUUCAAAAGCCCUGAUUACAAAGCAGAUCCUUGACAUCUAUGCUCACCUGUGUUUGUGUACAUAGAAAAUGUAUAUUCUGCACAUAAUUUGUUUUACAACAAUGGUACUUUAAAAAAAGAAUGGUACUGUGGUACUUCCAGUGAAUAAAUCACUAUUUUUGGAUAGAAACUGCAUAUUUUACUGUAUGCAGUAUGCUAAACCUCAAAGGAAAUAUUGAGUCAAGUCCAGAGUGCUCUUUUCUGAGAACAGUUCCAUUUAUCUUUUGAAUAACUUUGAAAUUCUGUCACAUUCAUUACUAGACUUUAAACAGUCUACCAUGAAAAUGUACUUUAAUGGACUAUUUUCUUAGUCAUGAGUAAAAUUAUGUACACACAUCUAAAGUAAAAGGAAUUACCCACUGAAGUGACCUCUGCACACUGUUUUCUUGGUUUUUGAGCAUCAUCCUUUGAUGUGAUUGAAAUGUCUUCCAUAGACUGAGUUAGACACAUUUUAUAUUAUGCUUCAGCACUAAAAUUGUCUUUAUAUAGAAAUAACACAAAUAAAUAAAUUCUCUCAGUCUUUAUAUUUCAGGUCAG